AUGUCCGACGACUCGGAUCCAGGGUCACCAGGAAUCAUCCACGAAUUCCCUAGAGAUCGCAUCGAAAGGCACCAGUACCAGCACCAAUUCCAACAACAAAAUGGCGGCCCGCCGUCGCCGCCGCAAGCGUACCCGCCAUCCAUGUACAUUCCACCCGCCUACUUGCCGGGAGGGAGGAGGUCGCUGUCCGGAAUCUCCAUCAGAGCCUUUGCACUGGGCGUUGCGCUGGGAUCGUGCACGCUAUUGACGCUUGAGUUGGCGUAUUGGGGCGACGGCCUAUGGAGAGCACCCUGUUUCAUCGUCACGCUGGCAUUGUUUCAUUACCUCGAAUUCGAUAUGACGGCCCGCUACAACCCGCCCGAUGCGUCUAUCUCGUCGUAUCUUCUAAUAUCUAAUGGAGUCGGCUACGCGGCUGCGCACACGGCAGCGAUGGCCGAACUUUUGAUCCGCCACUGGCUGUCCUCGGAGUCCAAGCCCCAGUGGAUGAGGAUGCCAUUUCAUAUCCCUAGCAUCUUGCCGCAGGUGUCGCCAUCUGUGCCUGUAGGGAUGGGUCUGACGUUGAUCUUCGUAGGUCAACUUGUGAGGAGUGCUGCGAUGAGGAAGGCAAAGACCAAUUUCAACCAUGUCGUGCAGUGGACGAAGAGGGCAGAUCACGUGCUGGUUACUGAUGGAGUCUACGCUUUCUCUCGACAUCCGUCGUAUUUUGGAUUCUUUUGGUGGGGCCUCGGAACACAGUUGUUGCUUGGGAAUCGUAUUUGUUUGGUGGCAUAUGCGGUGGUGUUGUGGAAGUUCUUCAAUCAUCGAAUUAUGCACGAAGAACGACAUCUUGUCUCUUUCUUCGGUCAAGAUUACCUUGAUUAUCGCAAACGGACGCCGGUUCGGAUUCCGUUCAUACGAUGA